AUGACCGAACCUUCAACAAUCAGCUUCUUCUCCAAUUUCCUUCCCUCCUUCCGCCCACAAACCUGUGUAUCUCACCGUCCCCUGAGCCUCCCGCGGAAGCACCAGGUUCACUGCUCGGUGUCCGCCGGUGCUACUCCCCAGAAUGCGGUGGCUUGGGGAUGCGAAAUUGAGUCGCUGGAGAGCGCUUCGGGGCUGCAGAGGUGGCUGUCAGAGUCAGGGCUUCCGCCGCAGAAGAUGGGGAUAGAUAGGGUGGAGGUGGGAGAGAGAGGACUUGUAGCUUUGAAGAACAUAAGAAAAGGGGAGAAGCUGCUCUUUGUGCCUCCGUCUCUUGUCAUUACUCCAAAUUCUGAGUGGAGUCAUCCUGAAGCUGGUGAAGUAUUGAAAAGAAAUUCAGUGCCAGAUUGGCCUUUGCUUGCAACUUACCUCAUAAGUGAAGCUAGCCUCAUGGAAUCUUCAAGAUGGAGCAAUUAUAUAUCAGCCUUACCUCGUCAACCUUAUUCGCUUCUUUACUGGUCACAAGCAGAACUAGAUCGCUACUUGGAAGCUUCACAGAUUAGAGAGAGAGCAAUCGAAAGGAUCAAUAAUGUUAUUGGAACAUACAAUGAUUUGAGGCUCAGAAUAUUUUCCAAGUACCCUGAUAUAUUCCCUGAUGAGGUGUUCAACAUAGAGUCCUUCAAAUGGUCAUUUGGUAUUCUUUUCUCCCGCAUGGUCCGGUUACCCUCAAUGGAUGGAAAGGUUGCCUUGGUUCCUUGGGCUGAUAUGCUAAAUCAUAGUUGUGAGGUGGAGACAUUUUUGGAUUAUGACAAGCAAUCAAAGGGAAUAGUCUUCACGACGGAUCGGCCUUAUCAACCAGGUGAGCAGGUGUUUAUUUCCUAUGGAAAAAAGUCAAAUGGGGAGCUUUUGCUAUCUUAUGGAUUUGUCCCGAAGGAAGGUGCCAAUCCUAGUGAUUCAGUUGAGUUGUCACUGUCACUGAAGAAAUCCGAUGCGUCUUAUAAGGAGAAGUUAGAACUGUUGAAGAAAUAUGGAUUAUCUGCAUCUCAGUGUUUUCCUAUACAGAUAACUGGUUGGCCACUGGAAUUAAUGGCCUAUGCUUAUUUGGCUGCCAGUCCUCCAAGCAUGAGAGAAAAUUUUGAAGAGAUGGCUACUGCAGCAUCAAAUAAUACCACCUCCAAGAAGGAUUUGAGAUAUCCUGAAAUAGAGGAGCAAGCAUUGCAAUUCAUACUCGACAGCUGUGAAGCAAGCAUAUCAAAAUACAACAAGUUCUUGCAGGCAAGUGGAUCACUGGAUUUGGAUGUGACUUCUCCUAAACAACUAAACAGAAGGCUCUUUCUGAAACAGCUAGCUGUGGACUUGUGUAAUAGUGAGCGAAGGAUAUUAUUUCGUGCUCAAUACAUACUGAGACGAAAACUGAGGGACAUGAGAGCUGGUGAAUUAAGAGCCCUGAAAAUAUUCAACGGUUUCCGGAAAUUUUUCCAAUGA